GUGUGGCGGUCAGCUGACUGCCGGUCUGUUUCCGGGUUUCUCGGUGUUGUUUACUUUGGGAGCUUUCCUCACCUCUCGGCCUGUGUGCGUUGCGGAGCAGCCAUGAACGCCUCGGACAGUGACGAGGACUCCUAUAACGAGAGGACAGCGUUGGUCCCGUCGGAGGCCCCAGUGCUUCCCUCCUACACCCCAGACCCUGACCUGGACCCCCCCAACCACACCACCACCAAACGG